AUUCUACUUCUACAAUGGCUGCAGCUACAAUGGCUCUUUCUUCAUCUACAUUUGCCGGGAAGGCAGUAAAACUCUCACCAUCUUCUUCUGAAAUCACUGGAAAUGGAAGAUUCACCAUGAGGAAGGCUGCCGCCAAGGCCAAGCCUGUCUCUUCUGGUAGUCCAUGGUAUGGUCCUGACCGUGUCAAGUAUUUGGGCCCAUUCUCUGGUGAAUCCCCAAGCUACUUGACUGGUGAGUUUCCUGGUGACUACGGAUGGGACACUGCUGGACUUUCAGCCGAUCCAGAAACUUUUGCCAAGAACCGAGAGUUAGAGGUGAUCCAUUGUAGAUGGGCCAUGCUUGGAGCUCUUGGUUGUGUCUUUCCUGAGCUCUUGUCCCGUAACGGUGUAAAGUUUGGUGAGGCUGUUUGGUUCAAAGCUGGAUCCCAAAUUUUCAGUGAAGGUGGACUUGAUUACUUGGGAAACCCAAGUUUGGUCCAUGCACAAAGUAUCUUGGCCAUUUGGGCUUGUCAAGUUGUGUUGAUGGGAGCCGUUGAGGGUUACCGUAUUGCUGGUGGGCCUCUUGGUGAGGUUGUUGAUCCACUUUACCCUGGUGGUAGCUUCGACCCAUUGGGCCUUGCUGAUGAUCCAGAGGCUUUUGCUGAGCUCAAAGUAAAAGAAAUCAAGAAUGGUAGACUUGCUAUGUUCUCCAUGUUUGGAUUCUUCGUUCAAGCUAUUGUCACUGGAAAAGGCCCAUUGGAAAAUCUUGCAGACCACCUUGCUGAUCCAGUUAACAACAACGCAUGGGCUUUUGCCACAAACUUUGUUCCCGGAAAGUGAAGUUCUUAAAAUAGACUAGUCUUCUAGUAUUUGAUGUGUUUGUUAGCCCUGUAAAGCAAGUUAUUGUAAAUUAGUGGAGAUUAUAUAUGAAUUUUUAUUUAAUCUUCAAUAUUGUGUAGUUCCAUAUUAUUAUUUUAUAUUUACAUUUUGCAAUAGU